UGAAAUAUAUAAUUCAAGAGAAAAUACAGUAUUAAUAUAUGCUUAUACAUUCAAAUAAUGCUAGAUAUUCAAUAAAACUUGUAUCUGACUUUUGAAGUUAAGUGUAACAUAAUGUUGAAACUAUCUCCUUUUAUUUUUAAAACAAGCACCAAGCUUUUCAUUACAGAAUUUAGUACACAAGUUGAAAAUAAACUGCGUUGGGAUUUAGCAAGUGCGAUUUGCUUAGAAAGGCUUCCAAUAGUAACAAGAGAGCUUGGCCCUUUAGAGAACAAGUUUCAAGAAUAUCUCUCUACUGUUGAAUUUGAGAACAGUCUUAAAUCAGAUUUCGAAAUCAGGCGUGAAAAUGACAAGAAACAAGCAGAAUUGUUGAAAAAGGGUGAUACUAGCGAUAUUGAUUUAGAUGCAGUAUCAUCGCAGACAGCUCAAGAUUUUAAAGAUGCCUGUGUUGAAGAACUCAGUAAAUUUAAAUUAGCACCAAGAGUAUCAGAAGCCGAUAAAAAAAAUGAUUUGACUUCUACUGAUCGCAAAUUAGCCUCUUCUUUAGUUUUGUUAGUUAAGCAAAAACUUGGAGCCAAAGAUUAUUUUUUGAUGCCUCAAGGCAUUAGAACAGAGGGAGAAACGAUGAAGCAAACAGCGGAAAGAGUUUUGAAAGAAGCCUGUGGUAGUAAUAUUAAAUAUAGAAUUUUAGGUAAUGCACCAUGUGGUUUUUAUAAAUAUAAGUAUCCUCAGGAUGCUCAGAAAGAUGCUAUUGGAGUUAAGGUGUUCUUUUUUAAUGCAAUAUAUUUGAAAGGAUCUCUAGCUGAUGAUAAAGUUAAAUCUUCUAAAUGGUUGGACCGUACAGAGUUAUAUAAAGAGUUGCCAGAAAAAUAUUGUCGUAGUGUGAAACAAUUUUUAAUUGAUGAAGAUUUAGGCAAAUUGAAGAUCUAAGAAAGUUUAUAGUAGUUCUUGGUUAUUUCAUCUAUGUAGAAAUUACAUACCACAUUUAUUCAAUACAGCAAGAAAAA